GUGUUGCUGCCUGUCAGAAACACCCGCCUUCAUGAUUAUCAUACAGUGUGCCCAGGCUUGAACAGACAUUUCACAGACGAGAACAUAAAAUCUUCAACAUUUUACUUCAUUCCCACCGGCGAAUCGUUUCCAGUCUGAGAUAUCUUGUGCGAUACACCUCAAGGGAGAUAUUUUGAGGGAAACAACCGCUAUUCUGUGGGAAAUAUCUUUAGUUUUGCGGCUGAAAAGAACAAAUCCUGGUAGCAGAGAGACAGUGUUGAUAUAGAACAACUGGCAUUUCUGGAGAAAGAAGUGCACAGGAAGGGAAUGUCACAACUACAACCCCUGAAUUGGAGGCCUUUCAUCCUUGGAGGACUUGCAUCAUGUACAGCAGAGUUUGGGACUUUUCCUAUAGAUACCACAAAGACAAGGCUUCAGGUCCAAGGCCAGAUUGCCAUUGAAGAUGCCAAGUUUAAACAGGUCAAGUACAGGGGCAUGCUCCAUGCCUUCAUCAAAAUUACACAAGAGGAAGGGCUUAAGGCGCUGUACUCUGGCAUUGCACCAGCUAUCCUGAGACAGGCCUCCUAUGGGACCAUUAAAAUAGGGACCUACUACUCUCUGAAGAGGGCUUUCACUGAUAAUCCUGGAGAAACAAAAUUCCAUGAGGGUCCAAGGGAUUUAGCAACUGUUGAUGUUAAACCAGAAUUUGCAUUGGAGGUUAAGAAACCAAAAAAAGAGAGCCUGGCAGUGAACCUUUUCUGUGGGAUGGCUGCUGGUGUCAUCAGUUCUUCUAUCGCAAACCCUACCGAUGUACUAAAGGUGAGAAUGCAGGCUCAGGGAUUGGCCUGUAUGGGGAAUGGCAGCAUGAUGGGAGCUUUCAUGACAAUAGCGCAGCAGGAGGGAACCAGAGGGCUGUGGAGGGGGGUUGGGCCUACCGCACAGAGAGCAGCAGUUGUUGCAGGGGUUCUGCUGUCUGUUUAUGACUGGAGCAAGAGCAAAGUGCUGGAAUCAAAAGUUCUGGAAGACACUGUUUUCACACACUUCAUAUGUAGUUUUGUUGCUGGUUUGGCCGGGACAGUGGCUUCAAACCCGAUUGAUGUAGUAAAGACUCGGAUGAUGAACCAGAGAGCCCUGAAAAAUAACCAAAAUGCUUCUACCAUCUACAAAAACUCUUGCGACUGCCUUAUCAAGACUGCGAGACAUGAAGGUGUGAAAUCACUGUACAGAGGGUUCAUCCCCAACUGGUUGAGACUCGGCCCAUGGAAUAUUAUUUUCUUCAUCACAUACGAACAGCUCAAGAGACUCAACCUCUAAGCAGGCUUUCAUCUCCAAGACGCGGCGGCAUUUCUACUAACAGAGGAGGCAAUUUCAUUGUACAGACAGCAAUAUACAAUGCAAGACUCUGCUAAGAAGCUAACAAGGCAAAUAUUUCUCCAAGCAGAAGAGUUGAGUUCAGUGCAAAAAGCUUUGGUGACUGCAACUACCAAACCAAUCAAAAACCACUAAAAAAAACAAUCUGUGUAAAGCAUCUAAAGUAUUUAAAGAUCACAUUGCAAACACAUCUACAUCAUUUGGUACAUACAUGAAAGAUAUUGUUAUAUUAGACAUAGCAGUCCUCAAGGUCCACUGCUGAACUUAACUCUGAGUUGAAAAAACACUUGGAUUGUUUGUAAAUGUUUUGAUAUUUUUUCAACAUAAAGAUGAAAUACUACAGUAACUGUAACCUUUUCUCUGUUGCCUAGCCCUGUAACCUAUAGAAACUUGGUGCUUAAAGGCUACUUAAGCUGGGAGAAGGUUACCUUGCUCUCUAAGACAUGACCGGUGUGCACAGAUAUCCUUCCAUGAGAAAACAAAAAAAAAGUUAUUAUUUUUGUAUGUUUGACAUGUCUGUAGAGGUAGAUUCAUCAGAAAGCACACAGGAUCAAAACUGUUUGCCGUAUUCAAUAGUCAAGAAUGUAGGGGUAGCAUCAAACCGCAAAAAGACCAUUUUACUUCCGCGGGAAAUUUCGAAACUGUUGGCCGGAUGUAAUUGGAAAACAGCCAUACUUGCCCUGAAACAGCUGCAUAAAUUAAAACUUUUGGCUGAAAUAAAUGCGGGCAUAUUCACAAUCAAAACUUUGGGAUACAUGUAUCUCCAUUUGAGCAUAACUAACUGAAAAAUUUCUUUUUAUAUAUUUGUUUUGUAAAUCAUGUUUUUGUGUCAUCUUAACGUGCAGUAGAUUUCAGUAUUUAAUAAAAUUUAAUUGACAAAAAGUACAUUAUAACAAACAGUUUUUUUAUGUUUUUGUAAUCUUAAAUGUGGACCUGUCACAUCCUAGAUGUUUUGGUCAUUUAAGAAAAAGAUGUGCAAUGACAGGAAAGAAGUACAUUAUUGUUAUAUAUUAAAAAAAGUACUAUGUAUAUAUGUAUCUUCUUUUACAGUAUUUUGUGCAUGUUGAUGUAUAUUCCAGCUGUCAAAUAUAUGUAUUUAUCUUAAAUUAUGUUGAGAUCCAAUAUGUGCAAAAUAGUUGGGAAAGCAAGGUAGGGAUAGGUACUAGUUGAAACAUAGUUUUUCAGGUUGCUCCUUUGUCUACUGUAGUGGCUGAAGAUUGGUACAUGUAUAAAAAGAAAGCUAUGAGAAGGGACUGUUUCGUAGGGUUUGAAGUUGCUGUUGCUGUGGCUAUGUCAGGUUUCCAAAUGACAGGUCUCCCUUUGGAUCAUAAUCUUUUCAUAAAAGCUCCUUUUGAAUGUCCAAGGCAUCUAUGAGUCCACAAGUAGAUUUGUCAAAAGUUCUGUUUAUAAAAGAUUAUGUUUGCUGACUUCAGUACUAACCAAUGCAACAUCAGGUACCAAGGAAGUUGACAUGCCGAAGGUUGAGAACUUGAGAUAUUUUGGAAAAUGACAAAGCCAGACAUGCAAAGGAUUACUUGAUGAUUAGUGAUUAGAUGAUGUGCAAGUCGUUUAUAAAGGGCUGUUGGGUUUGUUGAGGUAAAAGUGGUAAACUGGGGAAAAGGACAGAUGGCAAAGUCAAAAAGGUCACUUGAAUUUUGUUUUAUUAAUUGCAUUUUGAGAUGUUACAGCAUUCAGUAAAACAAGCUAUGUAUAUAGCUGUUGAACAAUGGAACGUGUAUUAAAUAAAAGAUGCAUGUUUAUCCACUAAAUGUAUAUUCACUAUUCCCUGCAAAACAACAGAAAAUCCACACAUAUCCAAUUAAAAGUUCUAAAAGCAAGUUACUCUAAAAUUUAAAGAAAAAUUGCUUCAACAUGCCCAGGUACAAAGUUUUUGUGUGUAAACGAGCUCAUAAAAUGACAUUUCUGUUGUAUCCAUGAUUGCCAUGUACAUGUAGCUUCAGGGAUAGUCCUAAUUUCAUAUAGUACUCGUACACAGAUGUAAAUAACUGUUAAUAUAUAUACUUCAUGUAAAGAUGCUUGGUACGUCCUUGGAUAAAGGUAGUCUUACGUUGCUUGUAUUCACACCAAUUUCUUCUGUACUUGAUGUAAGAGUCUGAAAAACAACUUCCGUUGCGGAUCGUUACAUGACCACCUGUGGCACUCUUUUUGAACACGGUGUUUAUUAGGAUAUGUCAGACAUAACGUUUGGAGUUCUCUGUACCACACAAAACGGCAAUAAAUACGGCAACCUUUGCUUACCUUUGGAA